AUGCAGUUGUUGUCCCGCAACCAGGAUCCCGUCUUCCCAGACAUCAUAUUUCCACAGGCAAAGGAGCCUCUCCAAAACAGUACAAUAAUAGAGGAGGAAGAUGGAAAAGAUCCGGAAAAGACACCGACCGAUGAUUAUGUGGGAAUCCCGGAUGGGGGAACUCGGGCCUGGGUUAUCGUAUUGGCUGGGUUUCUCUGUUUCUGCACGGGAUUCGGCAUUGUCAACUCAUGGGGCACUUUUCAAGAGCGUUACGAAGGUAUGGCGGGAGAAGGGAUUGGAGGGUGGACGCCAGAACGAGUCACCUGGAUCGGCAACUUGCAGACCGGAAUCCUCUUCAGCUCUGGGAUCGCGAUUGGUCCGGUGUCUGAUAGAUGGGGCGCGAGGCCUCUGAUAAUCAUUGGAUCAAUCCUGGUUUUCGUCUCAUGCAUCGCCAUGGCCAACUGCCGUGCCUGGUGGCAAUUCCUGAUCACUCAGGGCAUCAUGCUCAGCCUUAGAAAUGCUCUCAUGUUUUAUGCAACGGUCGGUGCCAUUGCCGAAUGGUUCGACAAGAAGCGCGGCGUUGCCUUGGGCCUGGCCGCUUCAGGCUCAUCCGUAGGAGGCAUAUUCUGGCCAAGCAUCAUCAACGCCUUGUUCCAAAAUGCCAGUCCUACCAGUCCUAGAUGGGUCUAUCGGGGAAUGGGGUUAAUAUGCCUGCCUUUUCUACUUCUUUCGUGCGUCUUCAUCAAAGGAAGAAAAGGUCUAGCUGGUCACGAUACGCAUGGGAGACUUACCGACCCAAGUUGUCGCAAUCCGCGAAAAGCCAUAUUCCGGUGGGAUUUUAUUGCGUUCAUCAUGUCUGAGUUCCUUGUCCACCUCGGUUUCCUCAUCCCGUUUGGCUUCAUCCCCACCUACGCCACCAGUCAUGGGAUCGGUUUAGACGGAGCAAAUGUCCUUCUCUCGAUUUGCUACGGCGGCUCUGUAUUCGGUCGCGUCCUGGCCGGCAUGCUUGGUGACCGGUUCGGUAGGUUCAACAUUUUGUCUCUGAUCUGUUUCCUAACUGGUAUGAUGACACUGCUCUGGAUCAAAAUGACAACGUUUCCCACCAUGGUUGCUUUCUCCCUACUCUAUGGCCUGUUUUCUGGGGGCAUCAUGCCUCUAACUUCCACAUGUGUGGCACAGAUAACUCCCGACAUGGGUUACCUUGGCCUCCGUAUCGGCUUCAUGAUGGCGAUUUUAUCCAUUACCCUGUUUAUCAGCACCCCUAUCUCUACACGCUUGCGUACUGUCUCUUCAGGGCCCGGUUCGGUCGAAGCAAGCGACAGGCCGUCUGGCUUCACGGCCCUCUUCAUAUUCUCGGGCAUUACAACAAUUCUAGGCGGAGUCUGUAUCCUCUUCACUCGAUUCAAAUGGGGUUCCAAGGGAAACUUUGCUUUCUAA